AUGGAUCCUUUUAACUUUAACUCUCCCGGGUUGGUUAACCUACUAGUCUCUCAGAGCAGUCAAACAAUAGACUUAGGGUGUUCUGAGGUUCCUAAACCGGCGUCAAAGCGAAAGUGGACAACCAAAGAAGACGUUGUCUUGAUCAGUGCUUGGUUGAACACCAGCAAGGAUCCAAUCGUGAGUAACGAGCAGAAGGCAGGCACGUUUUGGAAGCGCAUAGAGGAGUAUGUCAAUGCUAGUCCUCUGCUCAUUGGCUCCAUUCCUAGGGAGUGGAGUCAAUGUAAGCAGAGGUGGGGAAGGGUUAAUGAGCAGGUCUGCAAGUUUGUUGGAAGCCAUGAAGCCGCGCUGAAGGAGCAAGCGAGUGGGCAAAAUGAGAAUGAUGUCAUGAAGGCUGCCCAUGACAUCUUCUUUAACGACUAUCUUGUCAAGUUCAGUAUGGAACAUUGUUGGAGGGAGCUUAGGUUUGAUCAAAAAUGGAGAUCACACUCAUUCUCGAAAGAUGGUGCAAAAGAGAAAAGGAAGGAACCGGCGGAGGAGGUUCCUGCGGACCAAGAUGUUAGGCCUCCUGGCGUUAAGGCUAGCAAAGCAGCCAAACGCAAGAAGCACACGAAUGAAGCAGCUUUUGAUCAGAUAGAGAGCAUAUUAGCUGCGAAAAAUACUAUAUCCAAACAGAAAAUCCUUGAUCGCUUGCUAGCAAAAACUGAAGCUACACUUUCUCCACAAGAAGUUUGCAGGUCACGGGUUGCGGUAGGUGGAUGCGUGCGUGUGGACGUGUUGUUAGUAGGUCUCGGCUUCUUUUGGUAUCAGGUCACGGGUUCUCUGUUUGAUUCACGGGUUGUGUUUUGA